AUGCUUGGAGUUUUUCUGAUCCUUCUUUGGACGAUGAACUUGGUUCAACCAAAGGCAGCUCCCAGUGCAGGAGUUCAGGUUUUCCCACCUGUUAACUUCACCCUUACAGUCUCUGCAUUAGCACAAGUACUUUUACAGUGGAAACCAAACCCGAAUCAAGAACAAAAAAAUUACACUAUUAGAUAUGAUGUGAAAAUCCUAAGCCCUGUGCCUGAAGAGUAUGACACAAGGAAGACCCACAGCAUCCGAACAGCUCCACUUCACAACGGUUUCUCUGCCUGUGUCCGGACGCUGCUUCUCCGAGAGGACCUUCAGGGGAGAAGUGACUGGGUGAAGGAAACACUCCUGCCUCUGCCAGGUGCUCCAGAGACGUCAGUCACUAAUCUGUCCUGUGUUACUCACAUCACCAUUUCUAGUACUGUUUCUCUCCACUGCACUUGGCUGCCUGGCCAAAGGGCACCAGAAGAUACAGAGUACUUUCUAUUUUACAGGUAUGAGAUGUACACCGAACGAUGCCAAGAUUAUAUCAAAGACCAGUGGAACAGGAAUACUGAGUGCAGAUUUUCAGUGACUCAUAUUGAUCCUGAAGGGCUUGACAAUCUCAUUGUAAUACACAUUACUGGGUCUAGCAAGUAUGCUGCAAUCAAACCUUUUCAGCAACUAUUUAACCAAAAUGCCAUUGAGAAAGUGAAUGUUCCCAGAAAUGUCACUGUAUUCCUAGAGGAAAAUGAUCUCGUGGCCACUUGGGAGAAGCCAAUUUCUCCUUUCCCUAAGGAAUGUUUUGAAUAUGAAUUUUACCUCCUCAACUUGAAGUCAGGUAACAAGCAGAUUCUGAAAAUACCCUCAAAUGACUUCAGAUUACGGGUUGAUGUUACCAGCAAAUAUUCCCUACAAAUAAGAGCUAAUCAUCACAUGUGUUCUACCAGAGGAUUCUGGAGUGACUGGAGUGAAAUUAUUUAUGUUGGACAAAACAAACUGGAGAAUCCUGUAGCCUGGAUUCUUCCUGUGCUUUGUGUGUCCACAUGCUGCACAUUCCUGUUUGUUGCUAUAAUAUGCAAAAUAAACCACGUAUGGAGUAAAUUGUUCCCACCAAUUCCAACACCCAGCAACAAAUUCAGAGAUCCCUUCCCAAAUGACUAUGAGAGAUCACAUACCUGCACCAGGGAGAUUGAGGUGGGCAGCUUUGCUGAAGAUCUCUCCUGCAGUGCCCUUGAUGACUCUGUCUUCUGA